UCGUUCUUUGAAGCCUCUUUUUUCUCUUCUUCUUCUUUGAUCUUCGCCCGAAAAAAGUUGAAGGAUUAGGGAUUUCAAAAAUGGAAUCCCUUCUCCUAUCAAAAGCCAACCUCCUCUCUUCUCGGCUUCUCAUCGGUCCUCGUCCUCUCAAUUUGAAAGAGAGGAGCCGAGUAGCGUUAGUGGGCAUGAGGAGCAUUAGAAGACUUAGGAGCCCGAGGUGCUCGAUGGAUGUUUCGCUUGGCGGCAGCUCUAGCUACGAAAAUGUCCCCAAGUUUCCUCGAAUGCACGUCUGGGAUCCUUACAAGUGUCUAGGCGUAACUCCCGACGCUUCAGAAGAAGAAAUCACUUCCGCAAGAAACUUUCUUUUGCAACAGUAUGCUGGGCACGAGAAAAGUGUAGAAUCUAUAGAAGCUGCUUAUGAAAAGAUACUAAUGGCGAGCUUCAGAGCUCGUAAGAAAACAAAAAUCAAUUUGAAGAGCAGAUUGAAGAAGAAAGUUGAAGAAUCACCUCCAUGGUUUAAAACAUUACUCAGCUAUUUCGAAAUUCCUGCAAUGGGUGUGAUUCUUCGGCGUUUAUUCCUCUUUGCAUUCAUGGGGGCUUGGAGCAUCAUGAAUUCAGGCAGCAAUGGACCUGCUUUCCAAGUCGCACUCUCAUUUGGAUCAUGCAUUUACUUUCUUAACGAUAAAAUGCAGAAUGUUAUUAGAGCCUCGGCAACUGGGUUUGCUGCUCUUGUUGUAGGAUGGACAAUUGGCUCCAUAGUAGUUCCCCUGAUUCCAUCGGUUCUGGUAAAUCCUGCUUGGUCCCUCGAGCUCAUGACUUCCUUGGUAUCAUAUGUCUUCUUGUUUCUGGCCUGUACUUUUCUCAAGUAAGAGAACUGUGCAAUUUUUCUUGCAAUGUAGACAGGGUUGAAUCCCCCACCCCCCAAAAAAAGAAGAAGAAUUGGUCAGUGUGCGUAGAACUGUGAUGCUGAUUGAGCAUUAUGAACAUUUUGCUUCUCUUUUUCUCAUACUGUCGGUAUUCUCCCUCUGAAAUGCAGAUUUUAUACAAUUUAUUUU